ACCGGGAUAGGUAUUUGCAAAUGAUUCCAUAUCAGAGGGAAGCCUAUCUGCAAAGGAAUCGUGAGUAUAAAAGAAUGCGGCGUGAGUGCAGUGCAAGUUGUAACAACACACAACCAGCACCACAACAGAAAAUUUUGAGAGCUACUAAUAAUAACCAAUACAUGACAGGAGAGGAAGUCAUGGCCAUUUCAAACUAUGAGAGGCACGAUUCAGUUUUUACUCAGCUAGGGUCUUCAUCAAAAGGCAAGCAAGUGGCAGAAAAUGGUGGUUCUGAGACAAGCCGUCCAAAAGCUGGAACUCGGUUCACUAUCAGUCCAUCUGGCAUAUAUUUAUCAUCAAUAUCCUCGGAAGAACAAGCUGCAAAAUAUGGAUUGAAAAAUGUAGGUCAGCGUAAGCGGCAACAUUGCACCAAUGUGUACUCACAACUGUCACAUGACCAGGAAGAAACACACGUACAAGAGAUUUGUGGCCCUAAUAAAAGAAAGAGGUCAGAAAAAGAAAGUUGUAGUACCGCACGGGAUCCUGGUAGAAAUACCAACAACUUGCAUGAAGACAUCAUUUAUGUGCCCCAGGAUUAUUUUCCUGUCGUUCAUGAUUAUCUGGCAAAUACCAAAGACAACAUUGAGUGCGAUGAAGUGGACAAUGAAAGUCUUAUGUAUAAUGGACCAGGUCUUGACUUUGAAUCAUAUCAAGAACCAAAGCAUGUUACAAAAUGUAUACAAGCAGACCCAUAUGAUCGUAUAUAUCAUAAUGUGCCCAGUGGUCAUCAUUUUCUAGAGCGAGUGCCCAACUGUAGACAUUGUAAUGCGAAAAGGUUCCAAUAUGAGACACCAACUUUUUGUUGCAUGAAUGGAAAGGUGAAGAUAGUAACCCCAGUGGUUCCUGACGAUUUGCAUCAGUUGUACACGAGUCAGGAUCCAAAUGCAAAAUACUUCCAAGAUCAUAUACGGUACUUCAAUUCUCAUUUCUCUUUUACCUCUCUUGGUGUCAUCUUGGACCAAAGGUUCUGCAAUAGGAGGUCUGGAGUUUACAACUUUCGUGCACAGGGCCAAAUUUAUCACCGUAUUGACCAGUUGGUUCCAAAAGAAGAUGGCCCCAAGCAUUUACAGUUAUACUUCUAUGACACGGAUGCAGAUUUGCAACAAAGAUUUCUUCACUCGCCUAACUUAAACCAAAUUCUCAUCCGGAAGUUAGUAAAUAUACUUUCAAGUAACCCUUAUGUACAAAUAUUUAGACACCUUGGUUCUAUUCCAAACCUUGAUGAAUAUAUGAUUGAGCUCAAUACCGAUAUUGCCUUAGAUCAGAGAGUAUAUAAUGCUCCGACAACAUCACAAGUAGCAGCAAUCUGGGUCGAGGGAAAUAAUCCUCGAGGUCAUUUUGACAGGAGUAUCAUGGUGUAUGGUAAAUCGGACAAACCACAAUACAUAAAAGCAUAUCAUGGUUGCUAUGAUCCAUUGUCAUAUCCGCUUUUUUUCCCGAAAGGGGAAGUUGGAUGGAACUUGAAUUUACCAAAAGUUGGUCCCCAUGCUAGGAGGACGAGAAAUGAUCAAACAAAUGCUCUCAAUGAAGAAGGCAAGUUUUUUGCCAAGUAUACUUUUUUAUUACUUUGUUUCAGAUUCAUUUAUCUAACCAUAAAUUGCCUUGCACGCAGGGAUGGAAAAGAGCCCUGGUUCUUGUGUGUCACCAAGAGAAUAUUAUUGUUAUAAGUUAUAAAUUCGAGAUGGAGAUUUCAACGUCUUACUAUUCGGAAGGCGAUUAACUCAACAGUAUAUUGUUGAUAUGUACAUCAAGAUUGAAUCAAUAAGGUUGGCUUUCUAUUUACAACCGUCAACUCAAGUUCUCAUACGUGCAGAUUUAUAUCAAGGAUUGGUUGAUAGCGUUGUAGCUGGUGAGACACGUGCAUGCAUGACAGGUAAGCGUAUUGUGCUCCCCCCAAAAUUUAUUGGAGGACCAAGAGACAUGCGUCGAAGGUAUUUAGAUGCAAUGGCAUUGGUCCAGCGGUUCGGGAAGCCAGACUUAUUCAUUAGAAUGACAUGCAACCCGCAGUGGGAAGAGAUAACUAGAGAGUUGGAACCAGGCCAAUCACCACAAGAUCGUCCAGAUUUGGUAGCACGGGUCUUCAAGGCAAAGUUGGAGGAUCUUAAAGAUCUUUUAUUCAAGAGAAAAUUAUUUGGUGAAGUCGUCGCACAUGUUCAUGUAAUAGAAUUUCAGAAGAGAGGCCUACCGCAUGAACACUUCUUAAUUAUUCUGAAGUCAAAUUGCAAGAUUACUAAUCCAGAUCAAUAUGAUGAGAUAAUAUCAGCAGAGAUCCCAGAUAAAGACAAAUACCCUGUAUUACAUGCUUUAGUUAUUAAGCACAUGAUGCACGGACCAUGUGGAGUUCUCAACAGUAAGAAUGCUUGCAUGGAAAAUGGAAAUUGUAGAUACCAUUAUCCGCGGACAUUCUCAGAUACAACAUUACAGGGAAAGGACUCAUAUCCAAUUUAUAGACGGAGGGAUGAUGGUCGUCGAGUGCGCAUUAGGGGUGCGGUGUUGGAUAAUAGAUGGGUUGUUCCUUACAACCCAUAUCUACUUAUGCGAUACAAUUGCCAUAUCAAUAUAGAAGUUUGCUCGAGCA